CACUGUGUUUACAAAUACACAGCCUUCCCAAACACCUCCUCAAACCAUGAACAUCGUCACUGUUGAGGUUAACUUAGCCCGUUCAUACACCGACAUUUUGAGAGAGUUAACGGAGAGAUGGUCGUGUAAAGCCAGCAGAGCAGAUUAUCAAAGCAUUCAAGAUGAAGUUGCACUCCAUUUUGUCCUCUGCUGUCUUCGGAGCGUUACUUUUCACCGUCUUGAUCCCAUCAACUGAUGCAGUCACCUUUAAUGUUAGCCACAUCAACGAAGAAGAUUACUUAUUGGUCGAUGAAGGGCAAGUACUUCCCAUGAACAUUACCAUCUUUGAUGGAGUACAGAGUGGAAAAUUCAGUGUCAGAUCUACAGAUGAAUUCAUAUUCGAGGUUGUCAACUCCACUGAAAACGAACUCUUGAGUAGCGAUGAGCUACCGUUCACAUUCACUGUUCACGUGCAUGGCAAGUUUGUUGGUAUAAAGGACAUAGAGCUUGUUCUAACAAACUCAUCCGAUGUAACACCAGUGACAAUUGGGAUGUAUCCAGUGAAGGUAUUACGGGUACCAACCAUCCUAGACGCCCUCUUUACAUACCUAAUACUUGCAUGGUUAGUACUCUCCUACGUCACCAUGGGAGCCAAGAUGCAACCUAAGAUCAUUUGGAGCAAGAUGAAACCCCCAUGGGGAAUCUUGAUUGGUAUGCUUGGGCAAUUCUUCCUUAUGCCCCUUUGGGCAUUUGCCCUGACUAAAAUCUUUGCCUUGGACAGCGAGACGGCACUUGGUCUGACUUUUGUUGGUACGUGUCCGGGUGGUUGGUUAAGUAAUAUUUUCAGUCUUCUCCUAGACUGUGAUUUUGUCUUAAGUCUGACCAUGACCUUUUUCUCUACUGUCUUGGCACUUGGUAUGAUGCCCCUUAAUCUGUUCAUCUAUGCAUCAGCCAUUGUUUCUGAUAACUCUCAACUCCAGACUCCAUUUACAGAUCUUGCAAUCCAGCUUAUUCUCCUCAUAAUUCCCGUCGGCAUUGGAAUGGGUCUCUGCUAUAAGUUCAUUAAGUUCCGCAAGAUUUGUGAGAAGCUUUUGAAGCCGUUUGCUGGUGUUCUCAUUGUCUUGGCUCUUGGCCUAGGGAUUCCAUCCCAGCUCUACAUCUUCCAGUCACCAUGGCAGGUAUGGGUUGUUGCCGCUCUCCUCCCAGUGGGAGGGGUCAUAGCGGGCGCGUUGAUAGCCAAGAUAGCCUGUCUCCCCAAGAAGUCUGUCAUUACUGUGGCUUUAGAGACGGGAGCACAGAACAGCCUUCUCGCUAAGACUAUGUUGGAUCUAUUCUAUCCUCGCCCAGAGUCGGAUCUUGUUGGUCGGGUAGCUCUGAUGAUCAGUCUAAUUAGCCUGCUAGAAGGUACUGUGGCUACCUUAGGCUAUGUAGGUAUCAGAUAUGUUUGCUGCCCAAAGAAGGAAGAUGAAGAUGAUUUGGUGGAGCAAGAUGAUAAGAAUGAAAAGAAGGUUGAUGCUGAGAAAGGUGCAGGCGCUAAGGGUGACACCAAGAAGGAAGAAUCUUCCCAGACAAAGUUUCCUGAUGAUGAACCAGCAGAUCAAACCCAUGUAAAUCCAGUGUUUGACGAUAAUGAAGCAACCACACAUGAUCUUUAAUCUAUGGGUACGUUCGAUUAGCUUCCCUGGGUCGACCCCGGUCUGCCCCGGUGCGUUCAAAUAGCUUCCAGGGGCUCACUGGGUCAGCCCCAAGUACCCUGCCCGGAUCACUUGGGGGCAAGGCCCAAUUUCAUAGAGCUGCUUCAGCAAAAAAUUGUGCUUAAGCAAAAAAUUCA